UAUUGAGUUAUUCUCUGAGGUGGGAGUGUGUUAGAAGGUGAUGAGGACUCACUCAUUUGAUAAUACUCCGAUUGAGAGGGAGAGAGAGGCAGAACGAGAUUGACACAAGGCUCCCAGUGUGGUGGUAGCCUGCAGCUGAAAUUGGGCCUUUGCAGGGUGGAGGCAACACACUGUAGCCAGGACCUGUCACAUUACUCUCGCCUCUACAGUGGGACACGGGCACCUGAGUGAAGACUGUGAGUAGGGUAACAGAGCGGGAGAGAGAGAGAAAGCAGAAAGUAGGCCAAACACACAGACACGACAACACCUCCUGAGAAGAGGACAAUUUGGGAGACAUCGCGUGAGGGGGACUGCAACUCUGUGUCACCAUUGUGAGACUUUGAAACUAGUUUGAGAACAGUUUGAAGAAGAGGAAGCACCAUGGAUACGGAUGCGAUAGUGGACUACGAGUACCCAGACCUGGAUCCUUAUCCAUCCCAAAUUGAAGUAGAAAUAAUCCCACCAUGUGACCCUACUGCUGACGACAGGCUCUACCAUAUAUCCAUCACUGCCAUAUCUCUCGUUAUCAUGCUGAUCCUUGCAAUCUUAGCCAGACGGUCGAAGGUGGACAACAGUAAGAAAGGACUCCCAGGUUUACUCAGUCCAGUCAACUUCCUGGACCAUACUCAGCACAAGGGCUUGGCAGUGGCUGUGUUUGGAGUGCUCUUGUGCAAACUGUGGGGCCUGGUCAUCUCACCACAUCCCCUCCCCUUCACAACAGACUCCGAGAACAAACAAAACUGGGUGAUUCUUGGAGUCUUCUACUAUCCCGUGCUAUACUACCCUCUCCUGGCAUGUGGCACCCUGCAUAAUAAAGUUGGCUAUGUUCUUGGCAGCCUCUUGUCAUGGACACACUUUUCAGUUCUGGUCUGGCAGAAAAUCGACUGUCCCAAAACACCUCUGAUAUACAAACACUACUCCCUUUUCACCUCCCUGCCUCAAAUAGCCUGCUUGGCAUUUCUUAGUUUCCAGUAUCCACUUCUACUGUUCAAGGGCUUUAAGGGCAACGAAAAAGACAGCGUUACGGAGGAUCUAAACAGCAGCUACUAUAACGACUAUGUGAGGAAGCUGUUCAAGAAGAAGAAGCCUACCAAAAUCAGCACGUCGAGCACUGAAACACCCAAGCUUCAUCAAAGAAUAAUUGAUGCUGUUAAAUCAUACAUUUAUACACCAGAGGAAGCUUUCCGUUUUCCUCUCAAGUUGGCCAUAUCUGUUUUUGUGUCAUGCAUUACACUGUAUCAGGUGGGUCUCCUCCUGAUCUCAGCUGUGGUACCAUCGCUCCAGAUUGCCCGUUUAGGAGUGGAUGAAAACAUUGCAAACCUUUUGGCCGGCUUCAAGAUAAUUCUGUCUCCAGACAAACACGAGGUGGUCAGAAUCGUGGUUUAUUACAUGUGGUGUGUAGAGGUUUGCUACAUCUCAGCGACAACCCUCACUGCCAUCGUCAACCUGGUUUUGCUCAUGCGCUCUAUGGUCCUGCACCGGUCAAACCUGAAGGGGCUGUACAGAGGAGAUAUCUAUAAUGUUUAUAACUGCCAGAGAAGUAUCAGGGCUUCACGGCCAGCACUUGUCUGCUGGAUGGGAUUCACCAGCUUUACCGCUGCACACAUCUGCGUCGGCAUGAUUGUCCAGACCAUGGUGUUCUUCCUCUGUCUUCUAAUUGCUGUCUUCCUCAUCAUCAUACCUGUGCUGCACAGAGAGAAUCUGAUUCUCUUUCAGAUCCUGUGGAGCAUGUGGCCCUUCUGGCUGAUGAUUCUUUUGGCCGUGUUGAUUCAACAUAUUACAGCCAGAUUUUGUUUCAUCAAAAAAACAUCAAGCACUCGAGACUUACGCAACAGGGGUAAUCUCUUCCUGCUCACCUACCUGCUGUUUCCUGUCAACAUUCUGAUCGGGGUGAUACUGGCACUGUGGCGCAUGGUCGUCACAGCCUUGUUCAACAUUGUUCACUUGGGCCGCAUGGAUAUCAGUCUUCUUAACCGCAAUGUGGAGGCGUUUGACCCAGCCUACCGCUGCUAUGCUCAUUAUCUGAAGAUUGAGGUGAGCCAGUCUCAUCCUGUGAUGAAGGCCUUCUGUGGGAUGUUGCUUCAGUCUGUGGGCCAGGAGGGGAAUACUGCACAGAGGUCAAGGGAUGCUGAAGAAGGGAUCCAGCUGGUCCAACAGGAGAAGAUACACUACAAAAUGUCCAGUGCCAAGAGGGCCCGCGGGCACUGGCGUCUGCUCUACACCCUGGUCAACAACCCAUCUCUGGUGGGUACCAGGAAGCACUUCCAGCGUCAGACCACAGAGAGCUUUCUGAAUGGAAGCCUGAACCGCGGUGCCAAGGAGGGGAGCAAAAAGGAUUCAGCAAUCAAGGAAGCAGCUGCCAGUAUUUGAACAUGAAUGUGACUCUGAUGAUUAAGGAUUUUCUGCAAAUUCUCUCUGGGGG